CACAGCAAACAAACCUUUAUUUCCCGGUUCACCGUAUGCUGCGGUUGUGAUUUUUGUUUGAAUUACUUUGAAUUGAAUGGGAAUAAUGCCGAGUUCACACUAGCCUAAGGGUGCAUGCACACCACGUUUUUGCUAUACAGUUUUCUUAUACGUUUUUGUUCUUAAAAAAUGAUGCAACCAGACACCAUUUUUCAAACGUAAAUGAGUUAAAAUUGAAAGAAAAAAAUCUUGUGCAAUGACCAUAUUUUUUACGCAAAUAUAAGCCAUCUUGGACUGCACGUAGAAAGAUGCUCUAAAUCAUCGAUUUCAUUUUUCAAAGAGUGGAGAUACACAACCAUGACAGACCCUUCUUUGAUGGAUCAUAUGACUAGGUUAAAACUGAAACUUUUAGAAAAGAGAUUAGAAAAUGAGCGAGAGAUUGCUGAUGAUUCAUCGGAUAUAGAGCCAGUUACAGCAAGGAGCUAUGAUGGUCAGGAAGAGGCUCUACAAUCUGCACUGCGAAGGAGAAAGGAUCUGCUGCACAAAUUGAGAGAACAACAACUCCUAGAUGAGAUAGCUCGGCCUCAUACCUGGGAAGGAACACGCAGGAAAAAAGUAAAUAUAGAUCAAGUCCCCCCCCUACACGUCUAUCACACAGCGCCACCUCCAGAACCUCCUAUGCGCUAUUUUCCUCCACCACCUCCACCAGAACCACCAAGGAUCAUCCAGCAACAGCUACCCCAACAGCCAGCAACUAUAAUUCAGCAGCUACCUCCACAGCAGCCACUGAUCACUCAGAUUCCACCUCCACAAGCCUAUCAGCCGGCACGCUCAGGCAGCAUUAAAGAAGAUAUGGUGGAGAUGAUGCUGAUGCAGAAUGCCCAAAUGCACCAGAUCAUUAUGCAAAACAUGAUGCUGAAAGCACUGCCCCCUAUGGCUUUGUCACAACCUGCCGGAAAUGCUCCACCAGCGCCACCUCAGUCACACGACCUUCAGAUGGGAAACCCUGUACUCCUGAAAGCAGAGAAGAUCCGUCCAUCAUCGGUACACCAUCACCACCACUAUACACCACCAGGCCUUCCGCCUAAUCCUCCUACAAUGCAGCCAGGAAUGGGAUAUUCAAUGUGGCCUCAAAUGAUGCCUUCAAACACCAUGGGGCAUAUGGGACAAAUGGGAGGAUUUCCUCAAGCAGUGCACCAUGUGACUGGUCCAACUACAACACUUCCAGCAAUGCACAUCAAUGGAUGGAAUCCCAACCAGAGUCCCGAGCGCACUAUAAGACUAUGAGCUGGUCAAGAAAGCCACUUGCUCAGCCAGGAAUUAGCUUUUGAAUUGUCUCAAAGCGAUUCAUGUGGGAAGUCUGAUCAAUGACCACACAGCCAUAGUCUCAUCUAAAGGCAGUAAAAUCUGCUAGGUGUAUCCAUGGAGAGAGUUGCUGGUCAUCAUACCUAAGAGAUACCUCUGAGAAUGUACUUAAAAUGUAAUAACAAAAGCCGUGCACAUGUAAAAGGUUAUGACUAUUUGUUCUAUUUAGAGAUGAGCCAACUUACAGUAAAUUCG